UUAGACAACGCAUUAUCUUUCUUUAGCUUUCCUGUCUGGAGGAAGAAUCAAGGAAGCUAUGUGUCGGAUGUUACAAAAAGACGCCGGCUGUCGUGGAUUUCAGCCGUAAGACGAAAAGACAUCAACUUUUCAAGCAUCCCAAGAUCGUUAAAAGUGUGUUCCAGACAUUUUUAUUCAGGGAAACCAUCUUAUGAAAUGGAUGAGUCAAAUCCUGACUGGGCUCCAACACUGCACCUGGGACACUCUGAAGUGCGUGCUACCGAGUCAGACCGGUAUUCUCGUCGAUUACAACGACAACAAAUGACCGUGCCAGUAGCAGGAAACGACGGUGAAUCCCAAAUGCAGAGAGAAACCACUGCAGAACCGGUGGGAUCAGCACAUGAAAAGGAAGGUGGUGACCAGGCAGAGGCAGAAGUGGCAGCAGAUGCUGCAGGUGGGAGCUGUAGAAGAUGAGUGUGGAGAAUGGGCAGAUGUGAAAGCCGCAGAGGAUGAGGAUGAGGAAGGUGAAAACCAGGCAGAAGUUGACAUGCCAGUUAAGAGACAAAGAAGAGAAUGUCAGUUCUGUGAGCGCAACAGUGCAGAAGUUAACCGUCUGUUGCAGGAGAACAGGGAGCUUAGGUGUGAGCUGAACAAGAGAAAGAUGGAUGAGGACUUCUUAAAGGGUGACACAAAUAAGGUCAGGUACUACACAGGAAUUCCAUGCUUUGCAAUUUUAUUGUCUUUGUUCACCACUGUUAAGGCUUUCCUGCCAGUUACCAAAAAGUUGUCAUCCUUUCAAAUGCUUUUGUUGACACUCAUACGUCUGAGGCUUGAUCUUCCUGUACAGCACCUUGCCCAUCUCUUCCAUGUGUCACGUAAUACUCUUUCUACUGCCUUUACUGACACCAUAGAUGUUUUAAAUGCACGGCUUAAUCCAUUGGUGUGCUGGCCAGAGAGGCAUUGCUUACAAGCUACAAUGCCGCAUCAAUUUUUGGAAGCUUUUGGGAAACGUGUUGCUAUUAUAGUCGACUGCUUUGAAAUACGCACAGAAAGGCCAUCAAAUCUAAAGGCACGGGCACAGGCCUUUUCUCAUUACAAAGGUACACACACCAUGAAAUACCUCAUUGGUAUUACACCACAAGGUGCCAUAUCAUUUAUUUCCAAGGGAUGGGGUGGGCGUGCCUCUGACAAGCACAUAACUGAGAACUGUGGCCUUCUCAACAAACUGUUACCUGGUGACUUAGUGCUAGCUGAUCGGGGCUUUGAUAUCAAGGAUAGUGUGGGGAUGAUGUGUGCAGAGGUCAAAGUUCCUGCGUUCACUAAAGGAAGAUGUCAACUUGACGCUAAGGAUGUGGAAAAUACACGUGCAAUAGCACACCUGAGGAUUCACGUUGAAAGGGUGAUUGGCAGUUUGCGCAACAAGUACACAAUGUUACAUAAGAGAAUACCAAUUAGUUUGUUACUGCCAUGUGAGGGGGAGGAGAUGACACUUCUUGACAAGAUAGUGAAUGUUUGCUGUAUACUUCUUAACAUGUGUCCCAGUGUGGUUGCGAAACCAGAUGAAAAUGAAAGAUGUGCAUGUUAAAACGGUUUCAUUGUAAUGUUGUAAAUAUGUAUAUUACUGUUGUAGACAUAUAUUCAUUUUGAUGACAUGUUUGUAUACUUAAAUAGUUCUAUUGAAAACAGAUGACACAAUAAGAAUUUCUAGAAAAAUUUGCAUGUUAAAAGUGUUUAAUUCUAAUGUUGUAAAUAUGUAUAUUACUGUUGUAGACAUAUAUUAGUUUUGAUGACAUGUGUAUACUUAAAUUCUACUAUUAAAAACAGAUGACGCAAUAUGAAUUUUAGAAAUAAACUGGUUUAAUAAAAAUGAAAUUUGCAAGUACAAAAACAACUUGAAUUUUUUCAGCAAUAAAUGUAAACAUCUUCAGAAACUGCAAAUAUAUAUCUAUUAUAUAAAGUGCAAUCAUGUUGAGAUCAAACUUAUAUCAUAUACAGUGCAAUCAUGUUGAGAACAAACUUCAUAUAUAUCUUGUAU